AUGUUCAUCGACGCGGAAAAGCAGCAAGGCCAGAUCGUUUGGGCCAAAAUGAGAAAAAAGUCCAAGCUGUGGGCCGCAAUCAUUCUUUCUCCAAAGAAAAUGGAUUUAGUAUAUUUCAAAGAUAAGCCUGGAAAAACAUGUGUUUGGUGGUUGGGUGAUAAUACUAUGUCACAGUUGCAGAAUGACUUAAUAUUUGAAUUCAGAUCUAACUUAAGAAAAGGUAUUGCCGAUUUAACCUAUGCCCGAAAAGAAAAUUUUGAACAAGCAAUUUAUAUUUUAUCCUUCCAGUUCAACUUUAAGUUCCCCAAAAAUGGAUUAGUCGAUUGGGCUUUACAGAAAUUGCCUGAUAUUAUGAAAGGAAAAAAUGGUCGAAAAGAAGAGUUUAUUAUUCCAGAUCAAUUCCUAAAAAAAAUCAUAAUGGUAAAUAAUAGAAUUAAAAGAACUACCGAGGAAAAUAAAGAAAAAAAUGUUAAAAGCAGCCCACAUGGAGAAAAAAUGAAAAUUGAUGUUUCUCAAAUUUCAAAAAUGGUAAACCGAUAUUGCAUAGCUUGCCGAUUUCCUUCAGAUGAACUAAAGAUUGAACAUCCCAUAUUUAAAGGUUUUCUAUGUAAUGAUUGUUUUAUAAAUGGGAAACAUAUUAUUUUAUCAAUUGCAAAAGACAAAUCAAAUGAUGGUUGUUGCGUUUGCCUUACCCAAAAACCCACACUAGUACUGUGUAGUUCGUGCAUCAGGGCAUAUUGCACGGAUUGCUUAGCAUUUAAUCUAGGGAAAAAGACUUUACAAAACAUUCUUUUGGACGAUGCGUGGGCAUGUGUUGCAUGCACUUUGAAUACAUUAAAGACCAGUAAUCUAGUUCCGAGGAGUACCAAAGAACAAUUAAGAAAUAUCUAUAUGUUGUAUCCAGCUAACGCUAAAAAGGACUGUGCCAAGGAACAGUAUAAAAUAAAUGAGAUUCAUGUCAUGAAUGUAAAAGAUAUUCAAGACAAUGUACCAGAAGUUUUACAAGCCCUAGGAUUUCCGUUUAAGAUUCUGCAAACUAGUUAUUUUAAUGAUAAUAAUCGGAUCAAUGAUGAGAGUAAUGCAAAAUUAGUCAUUCAAUAUUAUCCAAACAGGGAGGAUUAUAAUAAGGAUAAAUUUUUUGAUAACCAUGAUUGCAUAAAAAAAUUUUUUGCGUUUUUACAAAUAAAAAACAAAAUGCAAGCGUUGCAGAGAAAUGAUAAUCUUUUUUGGGCUUUUGAAACAAGUGCAGCAAUCAAAGUUAAGGAACUGGCAGUUAUUUCAAAGCAUCUCGAAAUUGAACCAAUACUUAUUGGUAUGGACACAAAUGAUGUCCAUCAAAGAAGCAGGUUUAUUUGGACAAACAUCACUAUACUCGAUAAAGACAUCAAACAAUUUACAAAUCAAAAUAUAUAUCUUUAUGAAAUACCUAAACCUAUCGGAAGAACAUCAAAAAAACAUGACAUAGAUAUACCUUGGUGUUACACUUCCGUUUACGCUAUUUUAAGCAGUUUCAUAAAAAAUCACAUAAUGUAA